AUGUCGUACUCCGACCCUGAAGAGUUUAGUAUUCUGUCCCAAAAGGGCCGCUCCCCAAAUUAUGCAAAACAAAUGAGGCCGAUCAAGAAGCAUAUGCGAAAAAGUUCUUACGUCACUAAGACAUUGUUUGAUCCAAUGGAUACGCUUAGCAAGAGAGUUCGAAGGACUGUAGUGGCGGAUAAAACAGACGGAUUUUGCUUAGACGUUCCUUACUCUAUGAAUAAGAAGAAACGUUGGGAAAAGAUUGAUGCAACUACACUUCUGAAAAUACGACAAAACCAUCCAGCCGAGACUUUAGAAACCCUUGUAGUGAACAGAGAGGACGUUCCCCUUCCAGGUAUCCUUUCGAAUUUGCGUCAUGGUCUGCUUACACCACUAUUUCAGCAGAUAGUGUACACGGUGCUACAGUAA